AUGUCCGUUCCCCUCGACCAGCUCCAACCCCCGCCCUCUGCCGCCGCCAUACACCCCGCCCAGGGCUCCGUCGGCCCCGUCAUCGCCGUCCUUGCAGUGAUUUCCAUCCUCGGCUUCAUUGCCGGCAUGAUCGGCCGCGUCUGCUUUGGCCGUCCCGUUUUUGGCUACAACGCCCAGUACGACGUCGAAGAUUGGGUCGAGAAGAAAUGUGCUUCCUGCCUCGAUGGGUCUCUAGACCCUCCCCCGCAUCUCCGCCCCCCGCCACCGAUCGAAGCUAUUCCGGUGUCGGAGCCGCUUGGUGGGCCGCCGAACAUCAAAGAAGGUGGCGAUGGCGAUAGGGAACGCGAGAAUCUGCAGUCGGUGGCUCCCGGCAGUGGCGGUGAGUCGUGA